AUGUACUUUGAUUAUUUGUUUGGAAAUGAGAAACCAAUUGACAAUGAAUGGAUCACAAAGCACGCCAUUAUCGGAGUCCCCGUCCCUGUCGAGAACAAGACUAUUGCAGCUGGAGAAGACUUGAUACUUCACUGCGAAAUCGGUGGAAUCCCAACUCCCGCUGUUAUAUGGGCUCGUAAUGGAGAGUAUUUGUUCUCAGGAAAAGGAAGCUUCAUUAAUUGGGAAGAGAAGAAUCUCAAUCAGGGACGGGAACCAACUGAAACUGGUAUCAUGGCUGUUGAACUCAUUAUUCCUUGUGCUCAACCCUCAGACUCUGGAGUCUACUCAUGUCUUGGAAACAAUUUACAUCAUAGAAUCGAGAGCACUUCUCAUGUAGUUGUUGAGGGUCCUCCCAAAGAAUGUCCACCAAAAGCUCCAGCUGCUCCUAAAAUUGUAGCCUGGACUGAAUCUCGUGCUGAAAACCAAGGACUCACCGCUACUCUCGUUUGCAUUUCCGAUAUUCCUGCUCAAUGGACCUGGAGUUUCGAAGGUCGAGAGAUUAUCGAGCAAAUAGGCCGUUACGAAAUCAAAGAGCAUGGAAACCUUAUGAUUCAUAAUCUCUUAUUUUCGCACCUGGGAACAUACUACUGUACCGCAAGCAAUGAAUUUGGAAAUUCAACCGCUGAGACCUACUUGCACGUCACCCGGAGCCACUCUUGA